AUGUGGAGAGGGACUUGCAGCGCAGUCUCUGGUUUAUUCUCCCACAGGGCUGUUUGUUGUCUGACCUCCUGCUCUGGGGCAGGACCCAUCCUCUGCUGUGCGCUCGUGGCUGUGCGGGGUGCCCGGCGUGCGCCGCUGGCGAUUGGACGCCUGGUCACCAUGCUGCGCUGGGAGGUGGCGAUCGUCGCCGUCCUCUACUGCAAUGUGCUUACGUGUGCCGCUCAGGGCCGGGGCAAAGCCCUGUUCCCAGCAGCCCACAGAGUGAAGAGGGGGACAACGCUGAUGGUCAACCCCACCUUUCAGAACUCCAUAGAGGACGUCAACCUGCUCUUUGAGAUCCUGCUGGCAGGCCUGAAGAUCGAGGAUGAGCACAGUUCCUUCUCCGUGCGGGAUGAGGAGUUGGCCUCCCUCAGUCGGACCCACACCCUGGAGGCUAUCUGCGAGAACGUCCUGCCCAAACGGCUGUCAGACAUCCGCCGCCUGACCUCUGACCUUGCCAAGCACCAUGGCCCCCUGCGCAAGGAGGACUUUGAGCGCACAGUGCUGACCAUGGUGUACACCGCCUACAGACUGGCCAACAGCACCAGCUACCAGAAGGAAGCCUGGGCGGAGUCCUUUGUCAACCUGUACAGGGUCCUAAAGCAAGACCUGAUUGGUCAGUGAGGACACUGGGGGUUGUCUGCGUUUUGGGAAUUUUGUCUAAAUCUGGCAGUGUCAAUCACCACACGCCCCCCUGCCCAUGCCAUUCUCUUCCAAAUUAAGAAAGAUUGGCCAAAGCAAGAAGGGAAUGAUGCCUACUGCAGGAUAG